AUGGCCACGGGCAGCGCCCUCCUGCUCGCCUCGCUCCUGGUCGCCGCCGCGCUCUCGGCCACGCAGGGGCUCGGGGCUCCGGCAAAGGAAAAGAGAGGCUGGACCCUGAACAGCGCUGGCUACCUUCUCGGCCCACAUGCUGUUGACAGCCACAGAUCAUUUAAUGACAAGCAUGGCCUUGCGGGCAAGCGGGAACUCCAACCUGAAGACGAAGUGAAGCCAGGAAGCUUCGAGAGAUCAAUGCCUGAGAACAAUAUUGUGCGCACGAUAAUUGAAUUUCUGACAUUCUUGCAUCUCAAAGAGACCGGGGCCCUCGAUGGCCUGCCCGACCUCCCCUCGGCAGUCUCCGUUUCCUCAGAGGACCCCGAGCACGCCUGA